UUUUAUUUAAGUUUUUACUAUUCUACACGCAAAAAUGAUGAAACUGAACGCAUUUAUAGAAAACAGUGACAUCUCCACAGCAGAGGGCAUCGAGGAAGUAUGUCAACGAAUGACGAAAAAGGAGCAACAAAUCGAUUCCCGACUGGAAGAGAUACUUUCGCAACAGUGUCAACUGGAGGCAAAAAUGCGCAACAUAGGCGUAGCGUUGAGUGGACUGAGCGUGGUGUCCGACAAGAGCCGGCAGCUUUCCGACAUGAUCAAUCACACAGCCACACUGGCGGAAAGUGUAAGCGCUAAAGUGAGACGUUUGGAUGAAGCGAGGAGUCGUGUUUCGGAAUGCCAGCAAAGGGUGCACGAUCUGAUCGAUCUGCAGCUAUGCAGUCAGGGUGUAAUGAGUGCAAUCCGCGAGGAAGACUUCGAGCAAGGUGCGGGACACGUGAAUCGAUUCCUUUCGAUGGAUAAAACACUACUCCAGAAGACGGCGGACGAUGUAAGUGGUUCAAUAACGUCGGUCAGCCAGGCAGUAUCGACGCUAGAGCAAGCAACCGUACAGAUCCAGCAGAUGGUAAACCACAAAUUCGACGAAGCAGUCAAACGAGAUGAUCUUGCGUCGGUUGAACGGUUCUUCAAGAUAUUCCCCCUACUCGGUAUGCACGACGAAGGGUUAGAAAAAUUCAUGACGUACAUCUGUGGAAAGUUGCAAAACAAAGCGGCCAAAGAGUUGCGUGCUUCGAUGGAUAUCGCCAAAGCGGAAAAGCGUACGGCCGUUGCGUAUGCCGAUACGUUAACGAUUCUGUUGGAAAACAUUGCCCGGGUAAUCGAGGUCAAUCAGGCAAUCAUUGAGAGUUGUUACGGUCCUGGACGGUUGGUGCAAAUUUGUCGCAUUUUGCAGCGGGAGUGUGAUGACGAGGUGACGAAAUGUGUGCAGGAGUUCAACCGUAACCGGCAGACGGGACGCAGGAUUGCGCAGAUAAAUGAUUAUAUAAAGAAUGCUGGAAGCAAUUCAACGAUCGGUCACUACCGGAAACCGUCCGGCGGUGGUGGAUCGAUUGAUAAGCUGAACGCGAAGGACAUCGAUAGUUUGAUUGGCGAGAUUACGAUAAUGCAUUCGAGGGCAGAAUUGUACGUGAAAUUCAUCAAGCGAAGGUGUGCUAAUGAUUUGGAAAAAAGCUCCCUGUCUCAGGAAGCCAAGCAAGAACGACUUGCCGAACUGCAAGCACUCCUACAAAAGUCUCGUCUAAACACGCAAAUGCAGGAACUGCUCAGCACCUAUUUGCUGUUCGAGCGUUACUUUAUGGAGGAAAGCGUUUUGAAAGCAAUCGGAUUGGAUAAGCUGGAAGAGGGCCAACCGUGCUCCAGCAUGCUGGAUGAUGUUUUCUUCAUCGUGCGCAAAUGUAUCCGGCGCUCGAACGGUACCCAAUCGCUCGAUGGUGUGUGUGCUGUGAUAAAUAAUGCCGCCAGCUGCCUUGAGGAAGAUUAUCUGAAAGCCCUAAAAGCACCGUUAAAAGCCGGCUACCCUACCGGUUACAUCGAUCUAGCCCAGGCGUACAAUGCAUUCCAAAGUUCCAUCCAGCAGGGACGAUUGCAGACGAGCGAUUCGGAUCAGGCCCGCGGACGGUUCGUUGCAGCACUGAACAAUGCCGACAUGUCGACCGAGUUCAUCGAAACGCUGUGGAAGAUGAUGAGCGAGGAAACGGAAAUUACAUUCCCGGCGAUGGGUGCGCGGGAGAAAGAAAAGUUGGACAGUUGCUUGGGUGGUUUAAAGUCGGUCGGGGAUUCGCUGAAAGCGUUGAUUGAUUUUGGAUUUCAGCAGCUACGGUCUUCGGCCAUUAAACCACGGCUACAUCCUUGGGUGGAUCAAUUUCUAACCCACAACCAUAACCUUACAGAGGAGGAACUGGCCACGUACGAGGCAAGCGAAACGUUUGUGCAGUUUUUGAUCGUUCAGAUCGAUGGGCUGUUGAAUUCGUUUAAAGUGGCGUUAACGCCUCGCAACUAUGAUGCACUCGUUAGUAUUGUGACGACGGAAAUAACGGCAAGGAUGGAACGGGCAAUCAAGAAAACGACCUUUAACCGGUUAGGAGGGUUGGUGCUUGAUCAGGAAAUACGAGCCCUUGCUUCGUUCUUGACCGGUGCAACAUCCUGGUCGGUGCGGGACAAACUGGCCAAGCUGCUGCAAAUGGGAACGAUACUGAAUCUGGAAACUGUAUCCGAGCUGCCGGAAUAUUGGGAAUCUUCUUCAGCCAGCUGGCGCUUAACGGCCAACGAGGCGCGCUCUAUUUUGGCACUGAGGAUCGACUUUAAAAUGGAGGACAUCAAAAAGAUAAAAUUGUAACCGGUUUAAUAAACUGCUAACAAACAAUUUA